AUGCUGGCCCUCGACAGAUUUGCCUCCAAAGGUGGUGGCCUCAUGGGCUACGAUUCUACGCUAGACGACUUGGGUCUUCACGACCUAGCUCCUCCCAAUGCUUGCAGGCCCAAGGCCUUGGGAGCACUGCGAGAGCAACGCCUGGCAGCGAAGCAAGAGCUGAAAGCUGUUCGGAACAUAUUGGAGCAUGCCAACUUCGACCUCGACAGCAUCUUUCCCGAGACCCCUUUGAGGCCAACCGCCCACGCGGAUGAAAUCAGAUGCGAGCACAGAGUGGGCUCAGAAGUCCUCGCCUUCCACGUGAGCACGACCACGGGUGAGUCCACCUGGGCAGCCGUCAUGCCCGAGGCAGACAAGGCUGUACGUCUUGUGUUGGCACCGGACGAAGGAGGGCCUCUCUACGCCUGCUACCAGUUCAUGGCACUUCAGAAUGCAAAGGUGACGCUCAAUCGAGAUGCUUUGCUGCUCGUUUACUGCAGAAUGUGCGAAUUGUCCGGCUGGCUGUUUAGAUCGAAGAAGAGCCCGUGGGGCACGCACGCCACCGGCAACAACUUGUCUGAGGCAGAGCCCGGCGAUGCUUUGAUGCAGCUCUUUGCGAGAGAUAUUUUGAAAGAGAAUGGAAUCGAUGAAAGCGGUGACGAACACCUCAACUUUACCAGGACUGUGGAGAUUCUGGACAAGGCGGCCCGGAACAAGAAGGGGUCUUUCUCCUGGUCCAGAUGGUGUUCCUGGGCCCAUACAGCAGGCAACUACCAGUACAGCGCCCAUUUGUUGCAACUCUUCUGGAGUUCGAUGGAGGUGCCAGCACCCGAAUCAUAA